ACGGCUUCUCCAAAGUCCUCUGAAAUACACCAUCUCCUUCCUGAUCGGCUUGCUGUUCUUCACACGAGAAACCCAAGGGAGGCCUGCUCCGUCCCUUUCUCUGGGGACGACAAGAUGAACAAUCUUCUCACGGAUUCCUUUGAAAGGGACGAGAAGCCGGAAAGGGAGAGGGAUGUUGAGAUGGGGAAUCGAAAUCCGAAGGACAAAACGGAUUAUGGUCUCAAGGACUUCUAUGAAGAGGUCAAAGAGAUUGAAAUGCUGUUGGAUAAGAUGUCCAAAAUAGUUCACAAGCUUCAGGAAGCUAAUGAGGAGUCAAAGUCAGUCACCAAGGCGUCUGCAAUGAAAGCGAUCAAAGGGCGCAUGGAGAAAGACAUUGAUGAAGUAGGGAAGAUCGCACGCAGCGUAAAAGUCAAGUUGGAACAAAUGGACAGAAAUAAUCUUGAGAACAGAAAGAAGCCAGGGUGUGGGAAGGGCACGAGCGUAGAUCGAUCAAGGAUGUCAAUGACCAUCACAUUGAAGAAGAAGAUGAAAGAAAGAAUGAACGAUUUCCAGAAUCUAAGGCAAACCAUACAAGAAGAGUACCGAGAAGUUGUAGAGAGGAGGAUCUUCACAGUCACGGGUACAAAGCCUUCUGAAGAGGUAAUCGACCGCCUCAUUGAGACUGGCAGCAGUGAGCAGAUCUUUGAGAGAGCAAUUCAGGGGACUGGCCGAGGGCAGAUUCUUGCAACAAUUGAAGAAAUUCAGGAACGUCACGAUGCAGUCAUGGAGAUUGAGAAAAGGCUUCUUGAACUGCAACAGAUUUUUGCAGACAUGGCAGCACUCGUUGAUGCACAAGGAGAGAUUCUAGACAAUAUUGAAAAUCAGGUUCAAAAUGCUGUAAACCAUGUGGUAACUGGUACUGAAGCGCUACGCACCGCAAAGAGCCUGCAGAAGAAAUCGAGGAAGUGCAUGUUGAUUGCAAUUAUCCUUCUGCUAGUAAUUGCUGUCAUCGUUGUCCUUUCCAUUUUAAAGCCUUGGGCUAAGUAAAGGAGGGAGAAGAAAACGAGCAAUAUAUAUACUACUAUCUUCUGUUGCAUGUUUUGCAAAACUAGGCUACUACAGUUCUUUUAAGUUGCGACCACCUCUCUUGGCUAUAUCACUCAGAAAAGCCGUAUUUAUGUACUUAAAAAAGCGUCAUGAAGGCCAAAAAACUUUACCGUGGAUGUAGAUUAUUGAAAACCAAAUGAGGUUUCAGUUUAUCA